AUGCGUGAUUCCGAUAUAAUCCCGCUAGCCAUCAUCGGAUUUUCAGCACGCUAUGCGCAGGAGGCAAGCACUUCGGAAAAGUUCUGGGAAUUUUUGCUCAGGGGACGUCAAUCGACAACUCCAAUCCCAAAGGAUCGUUUCAACGCAGCUGCAUAUUAUCACCCUGACUAUGAUCAUGGCGGAACGUUUCAUGUCAAGGGCGGGCACUUCUUGUCGGAUGACCCCCUGGGCUUCGACGCGGGCUUUUUCCGUAUCAGCCAGACUGAAGUUCUCACCAUGGACCCUCAACAACGCCUUGUGAUGGAAAAUGUGUACCAUGCCCUUGAGAAUGCUGGGAUUCCUAUGGAGAAAGCAGUGUCCUCUAGAACUUCGGUGUUUGCUGCUGGUUUCAACCAUGAUCACAGGAAUCUCCUGAAUGCAGACGUUGAAACCUCAAUGAAGCACAAGUCAACUGGUUCUGAGCAGUCUAUCAUUUCAAACAGAGUCAGCUGGUUUUAUGACUUUCACGGUCCCAGUAUGACAAUUGACACCGCAUGCUCCAGUGGACUUGUUUCCCUCCACCUAGCUGCUCAGAGUUUGAAGUAUGGUGACAGCGAGAUGGCUGUUGUGACUGGUGGGAGCGUCAUUACCCAUGUUGGUGACAUUAUCUCAUUUAGCCAUGCUGGCGUGCUUUGCCCCUCAGGGAAAUGUUACACCUUCGAUCACAGAGCCGAAGGGUAUGCCCGUGGAGAGGGGGUGGGUACCGUUAUUAUCAAGACCUUGUCGGACGCUCUGAGAGAUGGAAAUACAAUCCGUGCUGUGAUACGUGGAACCCUUGCGAAUCAAGAUGGCCGUACGCCAGGCAUUUCGCUUCCAAGCGCUCAGGCACAGGAAUCCCUUAUUCGCCAAUUAUACAGCAAUUCGAAACUUGAUCCAAAAGACACAAUGUUUGUUGAAGCACACGGGACCGGCACGCCAGUAGGGGAUCCCAUAGAGGCCAGAGCUAUUUCCAGCGCCUUCGAUACAGACCAGCGUCAGGAGCCGCUGUACAUUGGAACGUUGAAAGCAAAUAUAGGUCACCUUGAAGGCGGCGCCGGAAUAGCCGGGAUCAUCAAGUCAAUUCUGAUUCUGGAAGCCGGAAUUAUACCUCCAAAUGUGAAUUUUGAAAAGGUAAACCCAAAUAUUCCAAAGGAUGAGUGGAAUAUCGAGUUUCCUACAGAAUGUCUCCCUUGGCACAAACCAGGAGCUCGUCGGAUAUCAGUUAACUCAUUUGGUUUUGGUGGAACUAACGCACAUUGCAUUUUGGAUGAUGCGUACCACUUCCUUAAGGAACAAGGUCUCACUGGCACCCACCGUACUCGCAUAUCGGUGCCAACUGUUUUUGAAAUCAACAAGCUGGUUACUUCCCUCAAGAAAAUUUACAAAGACAAACCUGGUCUUGUCAAUGGAGUCGCGAAAUUAACCAAUGGAAGGGCCGUUAACGGAACGAACGGGGAGAUUGUGAAUGGAAUCAACGAGGUGAUUGCAAAUGGAACUAGCAAACAUAUUGUCAAUGGCACGAAUGGGAAGACUGUGAACGGCUCUCAUGAUAUAUCCAAAGCUUCGGCCAAAGACGAGACACCAAUUCCUCGCCUAUUCAUCUUAUCCGCAUUUGACAAGGAAGGCGUGAAGAGGACGGGCUCAGACUUAACGGAUUAUCUUCACAAAAGACAGUCCUUGCCCUUGGAUGACGCAAAGGAUUUCCUAAGUGACCUAGCUUACACUGUUUCUCAAAGGAGAUCAGAUUUUCGAUGGAAAGGCUACGUGAUAGCGGGCUCAAUCCGCGAGCUGGAAGAGAAUCUAUCCGCUAUUAACGCUCGAUCCAAACCCACAAAUAAAGAUCGUCCGCCCAGAAUUGGCUUUGUCUUUACUGGCCAAGGUGCUCAGUAUCACGGGAUGGGAAAACAAUUCAUGAUAUACCCCGUUUUUCGAAGGAGCUUGGAGGACGCGACAGCAUACAUGAAGACGCUUGGAAGCCCAUGGUCUCUAAUUGACGAGAUUAUUCGUGACAGCGACAGUUCAAAUAUUCAUACCCCGGCCAUUGCCCAUCCUGCCUCUACUGCUAUCCAAGUUGCUCUUGUAGACCUUCUAGCUUCUUGGAAUAUUUAUCCUUCUCGCGUAGUUGGACAUUCCUCAGGUGAAAUUGCCGCAGCGUAUUGUGCCGGUAGGAUAUCCAGUGAAUCCGCAUGGAGGGCUGCUUAUUAUCGUGGGUUCGUCUCUGCAAAGCAACAAAGUGUCCCUGGUUCUAUGAUCGCGGUUGGUCUGAAUCAGGAAACGCUUCGGUCGUAUAUGGACAAAGUGCAUGCCAGUAACAGAGGGGAAUUAGUUAUUGCAUGUUUCAAUAGCCCGAGAAACAAUACCGUCUCCGGUGACGAGGUGAUGGUCGAUGCUCUGAAGGAAUUGCUCGACGCUGAAGAUAUUUUCGCACGCAAGCUCAAAGUCCAAAACGCCUAUCAUUCAUCUCACAUGAGAGAACUUGCCGAAGAAUACUUGCAGUUGAUGAGUUCGCCCGCAGCAGGACAGCUUUUCAAUUCAGAACAUGAUAUUCAGAUGUUUUCGACAGUUACCGGGAAACGAAACAACGACCCCGUCCUUGAUGCUUCAUAUUGGGCGGAGAAUAUGGUGUCCCCUGUCCGCUUUACUGAUGGUUUGCGUUCUAUGCUCUUCAAACCAAACGAAAGCGACCUCGAGUCUGGCAAAUUCGACAGCGCAUGGAUAGAUGAGAUCAUUGAAGUGGGCCCUCACUCAGCACUGCAAAGUGCUAUUAAGCAGGCGAUUGCAGCCAAUGCCCCUGCACCUCCGGUUUCAUAUACCUCCCUCCUAAAUCGCCAAGACCCCACCACCCGCACCAUGUUGGAAACUGUUGGAAACCUAAGCUGUAAGGCGGCUCCCAUCAACAUAUAUGAAGUCAACCACGGUUUCGAACGAAAAGAGGGGCAAGUGCGGAAGCCGGAGUUACUUGUCAGUCUCCCACCAUACUCCUUCAACCAUGACGAGAAAGGCUACUACGAGAGCAGGCUGAGCAAAGGAAUCCGUUUCCGCGAAUUUCCACGACAUCAACUUUUUGGUGCGCCUGUACAGGACUGGAAUCGCCAAAACCGUAAAUGGCGACAUUUCUUAAGAACUUAUGAGAACCCUUGGCUGAAGGAGCACGCGGUUACUGGACGUUAUGUUCUUCCCGCAGCUGCAUAUCUGACGAUGGUGACUGAGGCUGUAAGGCAAGUUACUGGUGAUGCAAUCAAAUUAACCGGAAUAAGGAUGAAGAAUGUGUCCAUAAAAUCGGCCCUUGUGGUUCCUGAUACGAAAGAGGGUGUCGAGGUGUCCUUAUCCAUUCACCCCGUGAACGAAUCCAACCACUGGGAAUCUACCGUGUGGAAAUGGUUCCAGAUAUCUUCGUACAUCUCAGCUCAUGAUGAUUGGAUUGAGCAUUGCUCGGGCUACUUUUCUGUGGAAUAUCAAGCUCCUCCGGAUCCAAUCGAUAAUGGUCGCGAAGCUGAAGCAGCUAUCCAGUCCUGGAAAAACGAAUUAGAGCAAGGUGCAAGGAGUUGCCAAAAGCCGCUGGAUAUUAGAAAACUCUUUGACAAUUUUGAGACCGUCGGACUCAAAUAUGGCCCUCUUUUCAAAAACUUGUCGGAAAUUACAGUUAACGAUCAGCAAAGGGGCGUCAUCAUGGGCACAUUUGCAACCCCGGAAUUGGCGUCUUCAAUGCCAAAGAAUUACAUGGAUGCUCAUGUCAUCCAUCCUGUCACGUUGGACAGCAUGUUUGUCGCUGGACUCGUAGCAAUCUGUGACCACGGAGGACAGGCUAUCUUGAAGAGGCUGAUGGUACCGACUUUUAUCAAGGAGUCAUGGAUUUCCACAGAUAACGAUUCCCAGGCAGGAACCUGUUUUCGCUAUUACGGGCAAGUCUCACCAGAAGCGUACGAUUACUAUAGUUUCGACCUCAAAUGUUCCGAUGAAUCUAACGAUCAACCGCGAGUAUCUCUGACGGGAGUUCGAUUCAUGCCUCUUUCAGAUGAGGAUGCUUCCCUGAGCGGCACACAGCAACAUGGUUACUCGAUGGACUGGACCCUUGAUAUCGACAUGCUGGAGACACCAGAAUUCCGCGAUUCAGUAUCUGUUGAACCAUCAACGUCCUACGAGGAGCAACAAAAUUUGUUCGAAAAGUUGCAGCUCGCGUCAGCGCUUCUUAUAACUGAUGCACUCAAUGAGCUCAAGGAUACCCCCGUCCAGCCUCCUGAGGGCCAUUUCCAGAAGUAUUACGAAUGGAUGCACCGGAUUGCCAACGAUGUCACCGCAAACUCAGUUGCCCACGCCCCGCAUGACUUAUGGAAGAAAUAUGCUGAGGAUCCAAGUCUCAAAGAGGAGCUCUACACCGAAGUCACAAAGCUUAAUCUGGAUGGACAACUUAUGAUUCGCCUCGGCAGACAAAUCCCAGCUAUCAUGCGGGGUGAAGUUGACCCGCUGUAUCUGAUGUUUGGUCAAGACGAUAUAAUGACGUCGUAUUAUGAGGAGGUUUUGCAUGAGGGCGACGCUACAGAGAAUUUGGAUGCAUAUUUGUCUCUCUUGGGUGAAAACUACAGCGACCUUGAAAUCCUUGAAGUAGGAGCUGGAACCGGAAGCUUUGCCAGGCUUCUUUUGGGUAUUCUCGCACCCCGAUCCGAAAACGAGAAUUCUGAUAGCACAAAUACUGUUGCACAGUACACUUUUACGGAUAUUUCUCCUAGCUUUUUUUCUAAGGCAAAGGAGAAUUUAGGCGAAUGGACGGACCUUCUGACAUUUGAGAAGUUAGAUAUCGAACGCGACCCAACAACCCAAGGUUUCACUGCCAAAAAGUACGACCUAAUCAUUGCGCAUAAUGUCCUUCACGCCACGCCUGAUUUAGGUAAAUCUCUCGAAAAUUCACGCCGUUUGUUGAAACCCGGUGGCAAGAUCUUGGUUCACGAAGUGGUCAGACCCGAUAUUGUGUGGCCUUCACUUAUCUUUGGUCUUCUGUCUGGGUGGUGGCUGUCGAAUGAGCCUAAUCGCAAGUGGUGCCCUCUUAUCACCCUGCCGGAAUGGAAGAAUCUUCUUCGUGAGAAGGGUUUCUCAGGGGUUGAUAUCGAGAUACCCAAUUCACGAUAUCCCGAGUUUACAAAGCUCAGCUCAAUGAUCUCCACUGCUCUCCCAGACCCAUCUGAUAACAUUUACCCAGGAAACAAUCUUGUGAUUCUUGCCCCCGCGUCCAGGGUUGAUCACGAGUUUAAUUCCAAAUUGAAAGCUGAGCUCAUGCGAAGUGCUGAUGUUACCAACUGCACUGUCCUGCAACUGCACGAGUUUGCUGGUAAGAAUAUGACAGGCUCAAUUUGCAUAUCUCUUUUGGAACUCGAGAGCCCGGUCCUGCUUGACAUCUCCGAAGAUGAUUUCCGGAAUCUACAACAGUUCUUUUCAACCUGCAAAAGGCUGCUGUGGAUAACAGGAGAUCCAAUAACCCGGCCGGCCUUCAAUAUGAGUACCGGCAUGAUCCGCACACUCCGGUGGGAGCGCGAUGCAGAAAGCCCAAAUUUUGUUACCCUCGCUCUCUGUAGCUUCAGCUCAUCCCCAGCUAAAUCAGUCCUGAAUUCCAUUUCAAAGAUAUUCCGUUAUCAGUUCACCAGUGGCCAGACCAAGCACCAAAAUGCUGAAUACCUUCUGCGGAAUAACUUGAUCCAUAUUAAUCACGUCCUCCACCAUCCUAAAGCAACUGGUUUCUUGCGGUCGAAAUUCUCGGCGCUCAGUCCUGAGAUGGUUCUAUUUAAGGACAUUGGACGCCCAGUCAAACUCCAGAACAGUUCACGAGGAGUUCUCAAUAAGCUGCAAUGGGUAACUGACACUACUUCGACACUGCCACUCGGAGACUUUGAUGUUGAGAUUGAUAUUCGCGCUGUGGGACUCAACUUCGUGGAUCUUUUAAGCAUAAUGGGAGAAGGGGUAGGUGAUGUUGCUGGAAGAGAAGCGGCCGGAGUUAUCUCCAGGGUUGGGCCAGGUGUUAAGUAUUUGCGGGCCGGCGAUCGUGUCGCCUAUCUCACAGACUCGCCAAAAGAGGGCACUUUCAGAACCCAUGGAAGGGUCAACGAAUCGCUAGCCGUCAGAAUACCUAACGAUAUGAGUUUUGAAGUCGCUGCUGGGCUUCCAGUUGUCUGCGCCACCGUUAUCUACAGUCUGACCAAUGUAGGUAGACUGUCAGCUGGGGAGAGAAUUCUGAUCCACUCUGCUGCUGGUGGUGUUGGCCAAGCUGCCAUUCAAUACGCCAAAGAAGUUGGUGCCGAGAUUUUUGCUACUGUCUCUACCGUUGAGAAGAUGGAGUUUCUCAAGAAAGAGUAUGGCAUCCUUGAGGAUCACAUAUUCUCAAGCCGAGACACCAGCUUUGUUCAGGGAAUUAUGAGAAUGACUGACAAUUCUGGUGUUGAUUUGGUCCUCAACUCUCUUUCGCAAGAGGCUCUUCGGCGAUCUUUUGAGUGUGUUGCCCCAUUCGGCCGAUUUAUUGAGAUUGGGAAAAAGGACUUGCGGGCCGGAGGCAAAUUGGACAUGAACCCCUUCAUUCGAAAUAUUACCUUCACUGGCGUGGAUUUGCUUACUCUUGCGGAAUUCAAGCCAAAAGAAGUCCGAAAACUUCUCGAGACGACUAUUCGCCUGUGGGAUGACAAUAAAAUCAAAGGAGCUUAUCCGCUAACAGUUUUGGGGUACUCUGAACUUGAAGAUGGGCUUCGCAUGUUGCAAUCUGGCAAGAACAUGGGUAAAAUUGUGUUUGUGCCUAAUGAGAACGACGUGGUGCCGGUUAUUCCCGAGGUCACAUCCCCAUACACCUUUAACCCCAAUGCGUCUUAUGUACUGGCUGGAGGUCUUGGGGGCCUUGGAAGGAGUUUAGCACAGUGGAUGGUGAGUCGCGGCGCAAGGAAUUUGAUAUUCUUGUCACGAUCAGGACAAAUCACGCAGCCAGUUCAAGAAAUGGUUUCUACUCUAGAAACCAAAGGUUGCAAGAUUCGAAUCUUCACCUGCGAUGUAUCCGAUUUAUCUCGGUUACAAGAAGUCAUAGAGGAGUGCCAGCAGACGCUUCCCCCAAUAAAAGGAUGUAUUCAAGGUUCUAUGGUCUUAAGGGAUUCACUCUUCGAAAACCUCUCGUAUGCCAACUGGACAGGGACUAUCAAACCAAAGGCGCACGGCUCACAAAAUCUCCACGAUAUCUUGCCCAGAGAUCUUGAAUUUUUCGUGAUGCUCUCAUCGCUAGCUGGAGUCAUGGGUGGGCGCAGUCAGGCCAAUUAUGCGGCUGGCAACACAUUCCAAGAUGCGCUUGCCAAACAUCGCGUAGCAAACGGGCUACCAGCCGCCAGUUUCGACAUCGGAGGUGUCCUCUCCGUCGGCUUCGUUGCAGAAAAUCAAAAUUACGCCCGCAAUGCGACAAAGGCCAUGAUUCCAAUCCUAGAAGACGAAGUGCACGCAGUUGUGGAAUAUCUGAUAGACCCACGCCAUGAAAUAACCGAAAGCACUUGCCAAGUUCUUUUUGGCCUAGCCACGAAGAAGUCAUCUCAGGAACGUGGAGUCCCGCCACCGGAAUGCUUCGACUACCCUCUCUUCACCUUGCUACAGAAAGCAAGUGGAACCAAGCAACAGGGGCCAGAAGAGACCGAUACCUAUCGCAUUGACGCUCUGCUCGGAGCAGCGAGGACCAGAGAAGAGGCGCUUGAAAUAGCGCUGAACGGCAUAUUGAACAAGCUCUCUGUGCUUCUCAAUGUGUCAGUGGACCAGAUUGACGCUGGCAAAUCGACCCGUUCAAACGGUGUUGAUUCAUUGAUUGCUAUUGAGUUCCGGACGUGGCUUGCGAAGGAGGCGGGGACUGAGUUAUCGCUCAUUGAUGUUACGGUCGGAGGCAGUAUCAAUGAGCUCAGCCAGAAGGUCGCAACGUUGAGCAGGUUCGCUGAGGUAACAUAA